UUGGUUAUAUACUUAUUCCUCAUGGAUCUUCCGGAUGAAAAUGAGGAAAAUAUUCCCCGAAGAUCUUCAAGGCGUUCUGCUCUUACCGAAAUACCCCCCGAGCAGGUCGUUUCUACUACCCCUAAUAUACUAGACUCAUCAGAAACACCUGUGCCUUCCCCUGAUGAGCUUGUAAUUGUACAAAGGGGCCGCAGGCGUAAACCAGUAAUGUGGUCACCCAUUGACUACAACAAGACUGAUCUUUUGGGGCCAUCAAGAGAUAGAACUCCAGAGAAAAUACCACAAAGGUCUGAAAUGAGCUCAAAAUUACGAAGACGUCUUGUAUUAAGUCCUGACCAAGAUACUUCUAAACAGUUGGAGCGUGUUCUAAACAUGAAAUUAAGGUCAUUACCUCGUUAUAAAGGUAGAGAGACUAUUUAGUCAUUUAAGUUUAUGUAUUUCUUCAUUAUUUAAGUUAAAAACAUUAGAUUUGUUCAUGUUAUAAGUUGAUGUUUAAAUAAUUUACACUUUAAAAAUGUUUUUAUUAGUGUAAGCCCAAGACUGAUCAAAAUUUUUAGUGGAUACAUUAAACCCAGUGGAUUUUACUGAACAAAAAAGUAUUUUUGUAAAUCAUCUCUCACUUAUUGUUAGUGUUUAUAAACAAUGCAAAACAAAGUUAACUCA